AUGUCUCACAAAACAUUAAUAGAUUUUGUGGUAAAGUACCACAAACCACGUUUACUAAAUAACGUCGUAUUCUUUCCAAGUAACGGAAACUUGUAUUUUGGAAGAAGACUAGUGGUUCCAGUGUUAAGCUCAACUCCUAAAGUGCAGUCUCCAAGGACUUUCAGCACAACGGUGGCAAAGUUCAAUGAAAUUCAGAUGAAAAUUGAACAACAGCAAACAGAAGGGAGGUUUCAGUUAAUGUUUACAUGUAAGAAGUGUGAUACGAGAAAUAACAAGUUGAUUACAAAACAGGCUUACUACAAAGGUGUUGUGAUAGUAAUAUGUGAUGGCUGCAACAACAAACAUUUAAUAGCUGACAACUUGAAUUGGUUCACAGAUAUGAAUGGAAAGAAAAACAUUGAAGAUAUAAUGGCUGAAAAGGGAGAAACUGUGCAAAAAAUUAUGUCAUCUGAUCUUGAGUUUAUAGCAAAGGAAAUAGCAAAUGGUAUUGAAAAUGAUAACACAACAGUGCUAUUGACUGAUAAAUAUAAAUAA